CUAAUCUGUAUUGUAGUUGUUAAUUACUCUGUAUAUUGUCAGACGCUUUUAAUAAAAAUUGAAACAUUUUAUAUUUUUUAAGAAAUUACUACAAUAUUAAAUAACUUAUUAUAAAAAGAUGAGUGAACUUAAACAUCCCAUCAUCAAAAACGUCCUCCAUGUAGGUCAGAAGUACAUAGCCAUAGCUAAAGGUAGCAAGGCACACUUCCAUUUUCAAACAUGGAAACUAGGAAAGGAAAAAGUCUUAAUUGAUGAUAGUAGAAAAAUUGGUAAAAAAGAACCUAUGGUGUUGGUAAUAGGUCACAAAUUCAAAUUGGAAGUAUGGGAAACUAUUGUCAAAAUGAUGGCUGUUGGUGAAAUAGCAAGUUUUCAAGUAAAAAAAGAGUUAGUAUAUAGCUAUCCAUUUGUGUCCAAAACAUUACGGGAACUUGGUCAGGAGUCACACAAAGUAAAACAUACUUGUACAAUGACACUACACACUGAGGGCAUUGGAUAUCCUGAUUUAGAUGAUUUAAUCAACAACCCUUGUGAUUUGGAAUUCAUUAUAGAAUUACUGAAAGUUGAAAGAUCAGAUGAAUAUGAAAAAGAAGUUUGGCAACUCAAUACUGAACAAAGACUUGACCUUGUGUCUAAUCUGAAAGAAAAAGGAAACAAGCUAUACAGCCAAAAAUUGUAUGAUGAGGCGGAAGCGGCUUAUGGUCAGGCAAUUGGUAUAUGUGAACAAUUGAUGAUUAGAGAGAGGAAAACAGACGAUGAAUGGAUAAGUCUGAACAAAAUAAAGCUCCCAAUAUUAUUAAAUUAUGCACAAUGCAAACUUAUUAAAGGCGAAUACUAUGCAGUCAUAGAACACUGUGACACAGUUCUAGAAUAUGAUGAAGAUAAUGAAAAGGCUCUAUACAGAAGAGCAAAGGCGCAUGUCGGCGCUUGGAAUCCAGAGCUAGCUGUUGAAGACUUCAAAAAACUGAAAUCUUUAAACCCAUCUCUAAAUGCCACUGUUGAUAAGGAACUAGAAAAUAUUAAAAAACUAUACAAAGAGAAGGAGGAACAAGAUAAAGAUGCUUUGAAAAAAAUGUUCACUAAGGAACAAAAUGGUACUUAGCAAUGAAUUAAACUUGUUCUUCCCUAUGUGAUGUAGUUAAAGAUUUAAUUAUACAAUUAAUAUUGUAUUAUAUAUUUUAGAUCUGUAACACUUAUUUACUUGAAAUUUUAAUAUAUUAUUAUGUACUUACUUACUAAUUUAAUAAUUUCAGUAUCUAAUGUAGUCCUUAAAGUACCAGUACAUGACUGUACAUAGUUGACUACUAGUUGUGCAAGUUACAAUUAACUAAAAAUUUUAUGUGCAAUUGGAACUUUAUCCAAAGAUUAUUAUAAUAAUAUAAUUUGUUUAUACUUUAUAUAUUGUUGAUUUCAAUUAGAAAUCUGCAUUUUGUGCCUUCCAUUUUUUGUAAUUUACUAAAUGUGAUUUUCUUGUAAGUAAUUUACAGUUUACAUACUGUAUGUAGAAUUAUUCCAUUCAUUAAUGACGUCACACGUUAAAGGGAUGUGAAAGAGAUUAACUGGAAGAACUUAUGAAAUUUGUAUGCUGGAUUUAACGUAAAUAAAUUUAAAUAUUUAUGGGCCAUAAUAUUUAGUACGUUAAUAUUAUUUUUUUCUGAAUACAAUGUAAAACAUUUGGCCUGGUGAUAAUACAAAUCGUGCAAUAUAUCUGUAUGGUUUAUUUUUCUAUAUAUAGAUAUUUUAACAAAUACAUACUAAUUUUAAAUGCU